GGUUGUAGAUCGUCCCUCUAACUCACGUUCUUUCUCGUUGGCCUCUUUGCCUUUGAUAGUUUGGCAAUUUGCUCAGCCGACAGAAGCUUGCUCGCUACAUGACGGUUGACAUCCUAUACACAUUCCGUUUUACAGGAGCUGGUCGGUUCAGCCUUUGACUUUUUCUAUAGAUUGCAUUAGAGUGUGUAGACUUCUUCUGGACUAGUACAAGUAGCAAGACAAUCCAGGUUUGAAUAGGACUCAGCGAGAGGGAGAGAGGGAGAAGCAAGCCACCGGCGGCCUCCGGGCCGUCGCCCAGCCAUUCAUUCCCAUUCCUGGCAAGUCCCAACUUCGGGAAAGAGCGGAGUCAGCUUCGGUGCGUUGUGAAGUGUGAAGCUGGGGCGAAGAAUUCCUCCGCUGUGUAUGUGGGAAUCUUGACAGAAGUGUGUGUUCCCGUGUAUCCAUCAACAUGCCACUUCCGUUCAACCCGCCUCCACCUCGGUCUCAACUGACCGAGCUGGAGAAGAAACGUGAAGAGAACAUUCGCCGUAAUGAGGAGAUGCUCAUAUCGCUAGGUUUGCUGGCACCAAAUGGCUCAUUUUUCCAAGCCAAGAAGCGAUCUAAGCAGCUUUUGAUGGAGUCCGAGAGCGAGUCAAGCGAAGAUGAAGAGUGGACACCACAGGCGGAAUGGCAGAAGAGAAUGAAGAAGCAGCCAAGAACUUCAUUUGAUGAAGUGGAAAGGUACAAAGUGAAGGUUGCAAAAGGAAAUGCAAGGAAGGAGACUAUUGAUGGUUGUGAUGAUGACAAUGGUGAGGAAUGCCAAACUAAGGAGAUAUCUGAUAAACAAGAAGACAAGAAGAAACUGCUUGGACUUGUUUCCGAAGAGACUCCCAACUUGGCGUGUCCAAUGUUGGUGACUCCUGAUCCAAAUGACGUCAAGGAGGAUGUCAAGGAAUCAGGUGAAACUCAAAGCAAAGAAGGCACACGCAUACGCUAUCCAAGGCGACGAGCUGCCUCCAAGGUAUCAUACAACGAAGACGAAUCGGACGAUGAUGAAUACAUCUAUUGUGAAGAUUGCGAUGACUGGUUUCGUGGAGAUUGUCCCAACUGCGGACCUUUGCAACCACUCAACAGUGAAGCUAUGGGUAGCAAACCAGUACGCAGUCAACACACAUUCCUGCUCAUUCCGCCAGAGAUCAGAAUUGGGAAAUCGAAAAUUGCUGGUGCUGGUAUGGGAGCAUUUGCAAAGACGUUCAUACCGAAGGGCACCCGGAUUGGUCCGUACACUGGAGAUGUGGUUGAAGAGGACGGUUUGAAUCCCGAACGGGACAGCAGCUACAUGUGGGAGGUUGCACCAUCGGCAUCUGGAAAGAAGCGCUUGGUUGAUGGCAAAUCGGAGAAGCAUGCCAACUGGAUGAGGUUUGUGAACUGUGCUCGUAACGAGGAAGAGCAGAAUUUUGUCGCUUACCAGUACAAGGGUGAAAUCUACUAUCGGUCAUUCUGUGACAUUCGGCCACACGAUGAACUUCUCGUUUGGUAUGGCAAAGAGUAUGCAAUGGAAUUGGGCAUUUCAAUGGAAACCGCAUCAUCACUACAGACAUCGGAACCAACCAAAGAGAAACGGAUAGAAAUCUUCCGGGAUGGUUCUGUCAGCCAACCAGAAAAAGGCCAACCAGAGUCGGCCUCCAAUGGUGUUAUGGCUCAGCAACGCCCACUCUCUAGCUUGAUAAGAAAGAGACAACCAAAUCCCAAGGAACAUUUGAACAUGAGUGACCUACUGAAGCCGAAGUCAGUGGAGCAUGUGUGUCUGCAGACUGGACUGGGCCAACCAAAUUCAAUCAUGGCCAGAUCUGGAAAUCAUAUUGGUGACACGACACCUCAGCUAGAUAAAUCUUGGGUGAAGCGCAUUGUCCACUUGACCCCAAAGAAAAAGAAAUUGAAAUGCAAGGCAUGUGGAGAAAUAAGCAACACCACUGCGGAUCACAUCAGUCAUGGCCAGGGACAUGUUGCUACUGGUGAUGGUGGGUACAAGUACCAGUGUAGAGAAUGUGGUGACCUGUUUAAACACCAUGGUAACCUUGCUACACACCAAAGAGUACACACUGGAGAGAAGCCAUAUAAAUGCAAUGUGUGUGAUGCAGCAUUCAGUCUUCCUCAUCACCUUACUGGACACCAAAGAAUACACACUAGAGAGAAGCCAUAUAAAUGCAAUGUGUGUGAUGCAGCAUUCAAUCAGAGGGGUGACCUUUCUAAACACCAAAGAAUACACACUGGAGAGAAGCCAUAUAAAUGCAAUGUGUGUGAUGCAGCAUUCAAUCAGAGGGGUAACCUUGCUACACACCAAAGAAAACACACUGGAGAGAAGCCAUAUAAAUGCAAUGUGUGUGAUGCAGCAUUCAGACAGAGUAGUGCACUCAAAUAUCACAAGAAGUCCCAACAUGGACAUGGUGCUGCAGGAUAGCCAUACCAGAGAGCAGUCUUCAAGCCUGGCCUAUACCACACUACUGUGGGUACUACUAACAGGACUCCAGCCUGUAACAGAACAUACAACUGCGAUCUACAGUGCUACAUGAGCACACUCGGUCUGAAA